AUGUACAUGAAGAGGACGUGUACGCCCUUCAACAUGUUCUUCAUGAAGAGAGACGUGGAGAGCAUCUGGCCCAGGUUCACCACCCUGGACGCCUACAGCUACUGCCAUGAGGGCUACGACAUCAGCUUCCUGUGGAGGUGGUGGAGCUACCAGUUCACGCAUGGCAGCAUCACUCACGUUGGCGCCAACUGCUUCAUGUUGAUCAUGCUCGGCGUUCCCUUGGAGGGCUGGCAGGGAACAGGCAUGUUCGCUGCCAUGUGGACCGUCGGGGUUCUCCGCGGUGCCUUCUGCCGGGUGCUCCUCGACCCCUGCACCACCACGUGCGGCGCAUCCUGA